GACAGAUCACACUUGUCCUAGUUCAACAUUAAUCACGUGGUUGUUAGCAUGUUACGUAGAGCCUGCUUUAUUUUCGUGUUGGUGAUUUUGUCCUCUGAAUGUGAAGCUAGGGGUCCUCAGUGGGACAUCUACGAUCUUCUUGAUGCUCUCGGAUUAAAAAGUUUCAGUGGAUUACUGGAGUCCACGGGGUAUAUGUACAAACUGUCAGAUAAUGCCUCAGGCCCAUUCACCGUGUUUGCCCCAAGCGAGGAAGCCUUCAGCAACCUUCCCCCCUCAGUGGUGAAGAAACUCCAACAUGACGGAAACUGGGAUCUCCUGCAUGACCUCACUUCCUUCCACAUCACCCGUGGAAACUUCUCAUAUUUCAACUGGACUAACAAUAUGAUAAUCCCAACCUCUCUAGAGGGAUCCUCGCUACGACUGAACAUCUACAAUAACAAGUCCGGGGAGCCUUCUGUAAUGUCAGCAUGUGGGGCUACCCUGAUAAAGGGUGACCAAGUAGCUACAAAUGGCAUCGUCCAAAUCAUAGACCGCGUCCUGUACAGGUAUCCGGGCGACUCUCUACCGAAUUACAUACAGCAAAACAGUAAACUGAGGACGUUGGCGAUGCUGAUGCAGAUUGACGGGUAUCAGGACAAACUAAACGGACAGAAUAUUACCUUUUUUGCUCCCUCUGAUUCUGCUUUUAACGAAACGGGGAGGAACCUCACAGACAUUUUCUCAAAUACUACAUUGAUUGAAGAAAUAUUCAGAAACCACACAGUGAGCAAUACCUUCUACACAAACGGCCUGCAAAUUCUAGACGGAGGAUUCGUCAUCAACAAUUCCGGAGCAAAGAUCAGUAUCAAAGUUGAUGAAGACAUCUACCUGAAUGGAGUUAAGAUUUCUGAGGAAGACAUACCGCUGAGUAAUGGUGUUCUACAUAUUGUAAAUAGAAUGUUGUUUCCUCUUCAUAACCAGGAAUAAAAUAAACUGAUAAUUCGU